ACGCACGCUGAUUAAAUCAAUAAAACCAAACCAACAUGCCAUUAAUUGUGAAGGAUUAUAAAUGGAGACAAUCCGAUAAUUUUGUGAUAAUUCAAGUUCCACUUCACGGCGUCCACCAAUCAAAAGUGGACCUGUUCACCUCGCCCGUCUACAUAAAAGCGUCCUUUGAGAAAUUCUUCUUCGAGGCGUUCUUAUUACGCAGUGUUAAUACAGCCGAAAGUAAGUGUACUAAAACCGCAUCUGAAAUUGUAUUUGAAUUGGCAAAAAAUGAGAAUAUCGAGUGGGAAAGCUUGGAGGUUGAUCUGUCGAAGGCGGAAAGGUUGAAGCUGAAGAAGGGUAUCAUUGAGGAAGAGCAUUUGAGGUUUCAGGAGGAGUGUAAGAAAAAAUCGGACAACAAAAGUGAGCUGAAAAGGGUUGCGGUUAGAGAGCAGAUUAGUCUUGAUUCAAAGAUUCGAAAUAAGAUUGAAGAGAUUAAGGUCGAAGAAAAAUCGAAGGCUCUGGGCGAUGUUCGGGCGUGGGAAAGGAGCGUGGAAAAGUCCGCGCCUAGGAUAGUGAAAGGGAGUAAGAAGCUUCAAAAAUCCACUUUAGUACCUUUGCCUAGGAAGAUAGCUACUGUUCACGUGGAUUUUACUCACAGACAGUUCCCAACGCCCUGUCGCGAGUCACACCUUGCAGAAGAAGAGGAAUGGCUACGUAAGCAAGCCGAAGUUCGACGGUCCGUGGGGUUUGUAAGUGAAGACCUGCGGGCCGAAGAAAAAAAUCCCCAAUGGCUCAAUGCCAAAGGUCAAGAGUUUUUGAAAGCGGGUAACUACUUGGGUGCAAUCAGCGCGUUUAGCUUCGCCAUCAAGUUAUGUAGUGAAUAUCCUGAUUUGUACAUUGGCCGUUCAGAGGCGCACUUUUACAAAGAGAAUUAUUUCAAAUGCGCACAAGAUUGUUCCUCGGCCGUCGAGCUUCUUAGACCAGCCGUUCCUUCGAAUUUAGAACAGCGCGUAACAUGUCUAACGCGAAAGGGGUUGGCUUUGCGCAAAAUGGGGUUUUUAAGGGAAUGUAUCAACGAGUUGGAAUUUGCGCUUAAGUUGAAGCCGGAAAACCAAGAAGUAAGAGAUGUCUUGGUUGAUAUUAAAACAGAACUUGCAAACCAGGAAGAAAAUGAUGAAAAAAAUUCUAAUCAAUUACAAACUUGCUAAAUGAUAACGCCAUUA